AUGGCGGCUCAAUCUUCAGACAUCCAAGAAAAGAUCUCCACGGCGCGGAGAGAGGGGGACGCCCUGAAGGACAAGAUUCGCGCUGCAAAGGACCAGACGGCCGACACGAGCUUGCGCGCUAUGGCCAAUGACACCCCACCCCUGCCUCGUAUUACGAUGAAGGUCCGCCGCACGCUCAAGGGCCACUUGGCAAAGAUCUACGCGCUCCACUGGUCCCACGACAAGCGACACCUUGUCUCGGCGUCCCAAGACGGUAAACUCAUCAUCUGGGACGCCUACACCACCAACAAGGUGCAUGCUAUUCCUCUCCGCUCGAGUUGGGUCAUGACCUGUGGCUACUCGCCAUCCGGUAACCUUGUUGCCUGCGGUGGUCUCGACAACAUCUGCACGGUCUACUCUCUUCGCGGUGUAGGCGCUCCUGGAACUCAGCCGCGGGUUGCCAAGGAGCUGAUCGCCCACACGGGCUACAUCUCGUGCACGCGUUUCAUCAACGACCGACAGAUGCUCACCGCCUCGGGUGACAUGACCUGCAUGCUCUGGGACGUCGAGCAGGGCACUCGCAUUAGCGAGUUCACCGACCACACUGGCGACGUCAUGAGCGUCUCUCUGGGACCAAACCCUAACAUUUUCGUCUCGGGUGCCUGCGACGCGAGCGCAAAGGUCUGGGACGUGCGCCAGCCCAAGGCCGUCCAGACGUUCAUCGGCCACGAGUCGGAUAUCAACGCGGUCCAGUUCUUCCCCAACGGUGACGCGUUCGCAACCGGCUCGGACGACGCAACAUGCAAGCUCUUCGACCUGCGUGCGGACCGCGAACUCAAUUCGUACCAGCAUGACAACAUCCUCUGUGGUAUAACGUCGGUCGCCUUCUCCAUCUCGGGCCGCGUCCUGUUCGCUGGAUACGACGACUACAACUGCAACGCCUGGGACACGCUCAAGGGCGAGCGCAUCGGCGUCCUCUCGGGCCACGACAACCGUGUGUCGUGUCUCGGCAUGAGCGGCGACGGUAUCGCCCUCUGCACGGGUUCAUGGGACAGCUUGCUCAAGGUCUGGGCUUAA